GAGAUAGAGAGAGAGAUGGAGGGAGAGAGGGGAAGUAAGGGGGAGAAAGAACGCACACACAUCUGGAACUUAUUGAGGAGAAGAGGGAAAGAGGGAGGUUCACUGGGAACAGGAAAGUUACCAGGGAAUGACACAGAAAGGAAGGAGAGAACAGGACAGCAACCCCAAUAAGUGAUCCUGUAAAGUCGGGAAUGCAAGGCAGGGCAACUACACAGCGAUUAUAUGGGCUAUUAAAAUAAUUUAUAAACAGAGGAGCGAGUGUUUAAAAUCUCAGGGGACUAUCUGUGCACAGGAGUCCAAAGAGCGGAACCGAACUGACCAGAGAUACUUUCAGUCAUCAUCCCGUGCAGUGAGGAGAGCAUCUACACAGCAGAUGCUGAGAUGCAGGAGGUCUCCACAUACCUCGUUUGGACACGCAUUCUUUCUGAUGACUGAGAUGAACUAAUACAGAUGGCGAUUCCGGGACAUUGCUUCUGCUUCGUGAAGUACCUCAUGUUCAUCUUCAACCUCAUCUUUUGGCUCGGGGGGUGUGGCCUGUUUGGAGUGGGGGUGUGGCUGUCCUUCACGCAGGCCGAGUUCUUCUCCCUGCCCGUCUCCUUCCCCUCCCUCACAGCCGCUAAUCUACUGCUGGUGGCCGGUGGUGUAACCAUGGUGACGGGGUUCCUGGGCUGCCUGGGAGCCCUGAAGGAGCAACGCUGUUUGCUGAUGACGUUCUUCAUCAUUCUGCUCCUGGUUGUCAUAACGGAAAUAAUCUUGGUACUCAUCCUACAUAUAUUCCGUGAGCAGCUGGAUGAAAAGGCUCAGAAAGAACUGAAGGAUGGAAUGAAAACAUAUAACACAGAUGAGCAGCUCAAGAUGGCCUGGGACAAAAUGCAGUACAUGCUGAAGUGCUGCGGUGUGAACAGCAGCAAUGACUGGCAGAACAUCACCAGCAACUCAACACCGGAUUCCUGCUGCAGUGCCGGGCCAUGCUGGACUGAGGGCUGCUACCAGAAAGCCAGGGACUGGCUCUUCAAGAACAACACGUCCAUCCUGGUCUUUGGAAUCUGCAUUAGCGUUAUCCAGGUUCUGGCUCUGGGAUUCUCCCUGGUCAUGUACUGCCAGAUACUCCGCGUCGAAAAAUACAUGUACUGACGGAGGAGCCCAGCGAGAAGAACGAACGCAAAUGGAUCGUGUGAGACUCCCAUGAGAAGCAGAUGCUGAUGGACACUGGGUGGGGCGCGCUUGCCUCACCCUCACACUGCCUUUAAACUGGCCAUUUAUCGGCACAUCCUCAAUAUCCCUUCAAUGCUCAUUUUUCCUUUUAUAUUUUGAGAAAACCUAUUACGUUUCGUUCCCAUAGAAACUAUUCUCUUAGCUCUUAGCAACCUUAGCCACGAUAAAAUGAUCUAUUACUCGCAAAGCUAGUUUUGUUAUAUACGUGUGCUUGUUAAUCACACACUGUAAAUACAUGCUGUGUGUUUGUGGUUCUUGAGAUGGAAGUUAGUAAAUAACAGUACAACAAAUUGCUUUAAA